GUGGCAGAGACGAGCACCUUCUCCAGUUUUUUUCUCAGUUCUCACUCCAUGGCCGCCGCGGCCUGCAACCCAGUGGCUCCUUCCGGGCCUGUGCCGUUCAAGGACGUCGACGACGGCAGUGUUCCAGAGCACACUCCCAAGGAGGAGUUCGGCGACCUCGUGGCCGCGCUGCCGAGCAGGCAGCAGUCCAUCCUGGAGCUGCGCCUGUACCAGGGCUUCUGGCUGCCGGAGCACUGGGUGCCGGGGACCAUCGUGUUCCAGCGCCGCUUCACGCCGCGCCCCGACGACGUGAUCCUCGCGAGCUACCCCAAGUGCGGCACCACGUGGCUGAAGGCGCUGGCCUUCGCCACGGCGGCGCGUACGGCGUACCCGCCCGGUGGCGCCAGGCACCCGCUCCGACGGCUCAACCCGCACGACUGCGUCCCGUUCAUCGACGAGAUCUUCGCCAGCGGGGAGGAGGCGAAGCUCGAGGCCCUCCCGUCGCCGAGGCUGAUGAACACGCACCUGCCCUACGCCCUGCUCCCGGCGCCCGUCACCGCCACCGCCACCGGGUGCAGGGUCGCGUACGUGUGCAGGGACCCCAAGGACAUGGUGGUCUCGCUCUGGCACUUCCUCCGGCGCGCCAAGCCGGACCUCUUGUUCGCCGACACGUUCGAGUCCGUCUGCGACGGCACCGUGGUGGUCGGCCCGGUCUGGGACCACGUCCUCUCCUACUGGCGUGCGAGCGUGGCGGCCCCGGACAGGGCGCUCUUCCUCAGGUACGAGGACAUGCUGCGGGACCCCGGCGGCAACGUGCGGCGGCUCGCCGAGUUCAUGGGCCGCCCGUUCUCGGCCGCCGAGGAGGCCGCCGGCGACGUCGCGGCCGUCGUGGAGCUCUGCAGCUUCGACGAGAUGAAAGGGCUGGAGGUGAACAGGCCUGGUAGCGGCACCGCGGGGAGGUACCGCCCCAUGCCGCGCGACGCCUUCUUCCGGAAGGGUGUCGCCGGGGACUGGGCGAACCACAUGACGCCGGAGAUGGCGGCGCGGCUGGACGGGAUCUUCCGUGAAAAGCUCCAAGGGACGGGGCUUAUCUUCUCAUAAUGCAAAUGUGUAUACGGCUCUUGAUUUGCGUGGUCAUCUCUUCUGAUCUUUUCCGUGGUGUCUUGUGUUUACACGAGAUAUGUUAGAUCCAAAAUAAGUAGUGAUGAUUUAAUAUAUACAUCAUAUGCAUCAAUCUCCCAUGUACACCAGAUAUGUUUUCCCUUUUAUAUUGUUCACACGAAUUCGAUCAAA